UGAAAGAUCAAAAAUGUUGAAAUCCUUGAAAGAUUUUAAGAAAUGGUUGGAAGAAAUUAAGCUGGAGUUUAUGGAAGGCAAUGAAGGAUUUGGGCCUUUUCUAAAGCAAAUGAUGCAGGACUGGACACAGGAGGCUGAAGACAUUGGAAGGUUCAUAGAGAAUUGUGAUGGUAGAAGAGCAUUCGCCAUUACGAAUGGGUUAUCACCUGGAAGAGAAUACAACUUGCCCUGGAUUUUCUUAGUUUUCUUUUCUUGUGUUGCUAGAUAUUGGUUCUUCUUUAUUUCCAAGAGUGCUUUGAGAGACUAUAUCGACAACAGCAUCAGUACUAAUCCUCCUUCAAUGCUUAUCUUCCAAUCAAUUUGUUUAGGUUUUGCUUUAUUUGACUUUUUAGUUGUAUCCUACAUAGAAUCUAUUGGUCCGAUUGUUGAUUACCAUGAGAUAGGAAGAGUUGGAAAAACUGCAAUAGUUUUAAUCAGCUCAUUUGCUGCUCUAAUUUUCAGACUGUUGGUUCAAGAUAUCUACCAUAGUUAUAUGCUGAUUAUAGUGACUGCAGAACUCCACGCAUACUUUCAAUUGUUGUAUUAUUCAAGAGAUCAUGGCUUCUGGGAUGUGUUCUUUGUGGCAAGCUUGCAGAUUAUUAUCAUCAAUUUGAAUGAUGGUAAUAUCUGGAUUUUUAUAUUUGCAAUAUUAUUAAUUUGUAAGUUUAUAUCUAAGAAAUUCAGAUCCUAUUCAUUGUCCUCCUCACAAAGGAGUAGAAAUUUCUAUGUGAUCAGCUCAUGUGACCCACUGCACAACUCCUGGCCAUAA